UAUUUAGUCGUUUCAGCGCAGUGAAGUGGGUACUACUUCAAGCAGGCGUACCGUGUCCACCGAGCGGUAAAAACCGGCUGUUUAUGGUGCUUAUAGGCUAAUUAUACAAUUUCUCCCACGACGGGAUUUACUUUAAAAUUCGUUUAAUUAACCUCCGAUUAAACAGUCGUGUCCAUUAGUUUAUUGAGAUCAAACACGGAAAAUGUCUGGUUCGGUGAUGAAAACGUUUAUAGUUUGCACCAAACUGAAGGAGGUCAGGCACAUACAGAGGCGAUGCCUUAGUUUAAGUUCAUCCAGCUGGAAUAUCAGAGACAAUAUUCUUUAUCAUCCUAGACCGGUGGAUAUUCCUAAUGUUAGUUUGACGGAGUAUAUCUUUUCGAAGAUUGAGAAUUAUGCUGACUUUACUGCAUUUGAAUGCGCUUUAACCCAUAGAAAACUAACCUUCGGUGAAGUGAGAAAAGCCAGCAGAAAUUUAAGUAAGGCCCUUCGAAAAAAAUUGGGAUUAAAAAAGGGAGACGUGGCCCUAAUUUAUUUUCCAAACUGUCCCGAAUUUCCCGUUGCUACAUUGGCGUGUUUGGAAGCCGGAAUUGUGGCUUCAACUGUAAAUUCAUUAUACACACCCGAUGAAAUCUCUAGACAGCUUAAAGACUCCCAGGCUAAGAUCAUCAUCACGUGUCAAGAAGUAUAUGCAAAUGCGGAAAAGGCUGUUGCAAGUCUUCCGGGGAAAAUACCAAUUAUUUGUGCAAGGACUAAGUCCGACCAAUCACUACCACAAGGCGCGAUAGACUUCACCGAACUAACAAACACUAUAAUAGAUAUUCCCGAUCUAGAUCCACCGAGUCCAGAUGAUAUCGCAAUACUUCCUUAUUCCAGUGGAACCACCGGGCUACCCAAAGGAGUAGAAUUAUCACACCGAAACAUCGUAUCCAACUUGUGUCAGUUGUCUGAACACGAGGUUGAUUUUAUAGAAAAAGCGCAUGGAAAUUUUCAAGAAAUCACCCCCGGAGUCCUCCCGAUGUUUCACAUAUACGGUUUUACAAUCACCACCUUGAACGUAAUGACCAAUGGAGCUAAAGUACUUACUUUACCCCGAUUUACUCCAGAGACGUUCGUGAACACUUUAAAAGAACACCCUAUUACAUUGAUAUUUUCUGCCCCACCAUUAGUUUUAUUUUUAACGCAUCACCCGGAAGUGAAGAAAGAAUAUUUGAAGAGCCUCAGAUCGAUUAUGAGCGGGGCUGCUCCUUUAGGAAAAUUAGACGAAGAACAAUUUUUACAGAAAGCAGGAAAUCACGUUUAUAUGUCUCAAGGCUAUGGAUUAACAGAAACAUCACCGGUAGUAUCAACCACAUCAAAAAGAUUAAGACAACUUUAUAAGGAGGCAUCGAAUGGUUCGGUGGGUAAUGUAAUUGCGAAUACCGAAGUAAAAAUUGUGAAACCUGAUGACCAGACCGGCACCCCAUUGGGACCAAAUGAAAAUGGAGAAAUUUUAGUUAAAGGUCCCCAAGUAAUGAUUGGUUACCACAAUAAUCCGGAGGCCACCAAAAAUGCAUUUUUGGGAUCAUGGUUAAAAACAGGCGAUUUAGGGCACUAUGACGAAAACGGUUUAUUGUUUAUUACCGAUCGUGUGAAAGAGCUUAUUAAAGUUAGAGGUUUCCAGGUUCCACCAGCUGAAUUAGAGGAAAUAUUAAGAAGUCAUCCAAAAGUCAGUGAUGCUGCCGUAAUAGGUAUUCCCCAUGAUAUCAGCGGCGAAGUGCCAAGGGCUUAUAUUAUCCCUAAAGGGGAAUUGAAGCCAGAGGAAAUCUACGAUUUUGUUGCGGAAAAAGUAGCCAAGUACAAGAAAUUAGAUGGGGGCAUUGAAUUAGUCAAGGAAAUACCCAAGAAUUCCGCCGGAAAAAUCCUAAGGAGGCAACUGAAACAAAAAUAUUUGAACGAAAACCAAUAAGAGAUUAAAAUGGUAGAGCUAAAUUGGAAUGGGAAUUAUAUAGUUUAAAAAAAAAUUUUAAUGUUGUAUUAUAUCGUUGAUUUUAGGAUGAAUAUGUGACGUUUUUUCUUAUAAAUGUUAAUCUGUAUGUGUUGUCGUUGUUUAAAAUUUGAAUGUUUCAUUUUCUUUAUAUCAGUUGAACUAUUGAAGCGCCCGAAACCUUUGGGUUUGUAACUUAAAUUUCUUUAUAAAUUAGUGUUUGAUAUAGACGAAAAAUUAGGUCAGACGGUUUGAUAAAAUUUUUUAUAUGAUAAAAUGUCUUAAAUAUACAUUGUUUUCGAGUAUUAA